GCGCAAUGUUUGUGUUUCACCGUUACACCUAGACGUGUCUUCUGUACAAGACGAGUGAAAAUGGAUAAUCCUGCGACACGACAACCAAUGAGUGAGUUGGAACUGCUGAGAAUGCAGAUGAAUGCAAAGACCGAUGAGACUCUUGAUUCAACAAGGAACAUGGUUCGUUUAUGUGAUGAGAGUACAAAAGUGGGUGCUCAGACACUAGGAAAGUUGGAGUCCCAAGGCCAACAAUUAAGAGGGAUCGAUUCGGAUAUGGAUAACAUUCGUGAAGAUCUACACGAAGCACAACGUGACCUUGAUGAGAUCGAUAAGUGUUGUGGUUUAUGCGUUUUACCGUGGAAGAAAGUCAAACCAGAUUCGAAAACGCCGAAAUACCCAACGAGUGGGAAUGGUUAUCUAACUGGGGCUAGUAAUAAUUAUCAGGUUAACUCUUAUCAGCCACAGUCAGGAUUCCAAAUUCAGCAAAACCAACAAAAGAGUGGGCCUUUCAUCACCAGGUAUACAGGUUUAUUCCUAUUCACUUCUUUUAUUCUCCCCAUUUUUGAACUGUGUCAUAAUAUUUUAUUCAGCGUUUUUAAUUAACCAUUAACAAUGUACCAGAUACAUGUGGUAAGUGAUAUUUACAUGAAUACUUUCUCUCCUUCCUCCAAAUCCUACAUAAAUAGUAGAUAGACUGUACUAUAAAUGCACUAACUACGGUCUUUAAAACUCUUAUUUUGUAAAAUUCAGAGUAUGUCAAUCUUAUCCUCUUCAAAUUGUUUUACAAUUGCAGCAACGCACUAAUUUCAUCUUUAUUCCCACUGUUCAUAACACAACUAGUAGUAGUAGUAGUUAGAGCUCUCCGGUUGUUUCGUUAUUUUACGUUUUAUAGUUUCUGAAUGAUUAUUUUUUACUUCAGAGACAAGCGAAAUCUCAAGGUGGUACUGAAGUAUUGAAGUAUAGUUUUCUAUUUUAUCAAGUAACUCUGUAAUUUUGUGCUAAAGAAUCGGUUGUGCUCACCUGUGUUCUCUGUCACUACAUUUGGUGUCGCUGCCUCCACUAAGGAUGAAAAUUCCAUGGCCGGAGGAAUUUGAGGACGGAGAUGUGCUGAGCUUCCCGAAGGAGUUUGAGGCCGUGGUGGAGCUGGUGGAAGUGAAGGAGCCCAAGGCAAAGAUGGUGGUGCUGAUGACGCUGCUGAAGGCAGGGCGGAGUUCGACUGCCCGGCGGACAGAGAAGUACUGAAGAUGUUCCGGUUAGCGAAUUUGUCGACCGAUGGUGACCCACUGGUGCUGGCAGUGGAGCUCACCAGGUUGUUGCACCGCGCGCUGCCGAAUCUGGAUGGGGAGUUGGAGGCACAGUUGUUGACGUCGCGGUGCUGAGAUAAAUUUUCCGUUCGUAGUAACCACAAGCCUAUCGAGACCCAUAUUAGGAGCACAUUUCCUAAAAGAAGUAAAAGCAGUAGUUGACUUAAGAAGCGGUAAGGUGGUCACAAAGUACGGUUCAUUCCCAAUACAUGAAAGUAGCGAAGUGGCUGAGAUAAGAGUGGCAACAAACAUUUCGAUGAAGAAACCAAACCUUAACGAGUUGUGCACAAAGUAUACGAAACUGUUCACGGGAGACAGAGCCGUACGGAUUUCGUUGCAAAGUAAAGCACGAAAUCCUGAUAUAUUUGCAACACGUCGUGUCCUUGUGCAUUUAGAGGCCAUGGUAAAUCGAGAGGUUCAGGAGAUGUUAAAAGAAGGUAUAAUUUUAGGAAGAAGACAGUUCGUAUAACUCGCUGGUACUCCUGGUAAAAAAAUAGAAUGGAAUAGAUUUUGUGUCGGUUUUAGAGAACUAAAUAACAUAACAGAACUGAAACCUUGUGCAAUCCCAACAGUAGCGGAAACAUUAGAUCAGCUGCAGAAUGCUACGGUAUUUACAGUGCUGAAUUUGCGGUCAGGUUACUGGCAACUGCUUAUAAACGAGCGGUCGAGACAGGACAGCAUUUACUGUACGUGAUAAACAUUAUCAAUUUAGAUGAGUGCCGUUUGGGUUGACGGGUGCACAUUUUAAGUUCGGAAGAUUAAUGAUACUGUUGCUCAGGGGUCUAGAUAACGCCGAGGUGUAUGGUAACGAAUUAAUAAAGACAAGUCGCAGUUUGCGAAAAGUAGAGUCACGUUGUCGGGGCAUAAAGUGGGAAAUGGAGAAACAAAAUCAGUGCCGGAGAAAAUUCUAACCAUAAGGAACAUUACAGUACAAUUCCUGGGAAGGACAGCGUUCUACGGUCGGUUCGUCAAGGACUUCAACGAAAUAGCAGCACUCCUAUAUAAGUCGUUGAGCAACACUAAGUUUACGUAGACUGAGACCGCCCAACAAACGUUCAACCGAAUCAAAAACAUGCUAGGCAACCUCCAGAUGACGCUCAGACUGCCUGGACCUGAGAAAAAGUUUACAGUGGCCACAGACGCAAGUAGUCAUGGUAUAGGUGCCGUCUUGAGUCAGUCUGAUAGAGUGGUUGAAUACGCGAGUCGCGUUUUCACACACACUGAACAUAAUUAUUCAAAGGUCGAAAACAGCGUUUAGCUUCCGUUGACAACAUACGCAACGAAUAGUAUAAAGAGAAAUCCACUAGAACUUGUCCGACAGCAGAAAGCUGACCCUAUACUUAUAGAGGUAAUCAGAGUGAUAAAAGAGGGGGUAGACCUCGACACUGAGCAAUGGACAAGGAGGUAAUGAUGUUGCUUCAAUAAAAGGAAAGACUGAGAGAAUGUAUAUGAAGCCCUUAUCUAUCAGGACGAUGAAGAAAAUUGGGUGGUUGUAAUCUCGAAGAUGGUACAUGAGUUUCACCGGAGAGCGCAUACAGGUAUUGCAAGAACGACGGAUUUACUACGACAACGUGCAUACUGGUCAAGCGUGAGAGACGAUGUGGCUCAAUACAUGUUAACUUUCUAGCAGUGCCAACUAAUGAAAAGCGAUCGAUACUCACAAUCGCCAUUACAGUCAGUCCCAGUAACCGCAGUCGGUGAUCUAUGGUCGGUGGAUGUGAUGGGACCGUUUCCACAGAUGACAGGCGGCAACUAGUACCUGCUAGUGAUGACAGAACAUGCUACACUUUGGGUAGACGCCUUACCCAUUGCAGACCAGCGGGAAAAAAACAGUGACCGAAGUAGUAAUCCGGCAUGUUGUAGUGUGUAAUGGAAUAUCGAAUAUGAUAUUAACCGAACAGGAUCCCCGUUUUAAAACUGUCGCUUUUAAAGCUCGUCUAAAACAGUUGGACAUCAAGAGGAUACGAACUACACUGUAUCACCCUCAGAUGAACGGGCUUACAGAAAGAAAUAACCGGAUGUUAAAGGAAUGGUCAGCAUCUAAAGAAGGAAAUUGAGAGAAAAAGUUACCACUAAUUUUGCUGGCGCAUCAUGAGUGCGAGUCACGAACAGCAACAAAGAAUGUAGCGGUACGGCCAUCGGAUAGACUGCGAGAACAGCUUAUUAAGAGGGGGGACAAGUGUGGUGUAUGCUACUUAUGUUGACGUGAGUAGUAUAUAAUGCCAACCAGGAAUAGAAUGUCUGUCAGCAGAAGGUUGAUAAGAUCGAGGAUUGAAGAACGGGAGCAGAAAGCAAUUGGUACGGAAAUGCAGAAACAAUGAAGCCUGAGACAAUUAAUGAACAUUUUGCAAAUGAAGUUUUGGAAUACGGUUUUUCUACUUUAUCAAGUAACUCUGUAAUUUUGUGCUAAAUAUUCGGUUGUCCUCACCUGUGUUCUCCUUCACUGCAGUACGUCUGGUAAGUAGGAAAGGUGAUCUAGCUUGAUAAUUGAAGUAAAGUCAGAAAUUCUCGGUCAAUCAUUUCUAAAUGUCUUUGCACAUUGUUGCAUACUUACUGGUCAGGCUUUAUCCUUACAAGUGAAUUGCAACUUUCAUCAAUCAUUAACCGAAUGAAGACAGGUCAUCUAAGUCACACUCACUCAAGAUAGUAGGCGUAUGAGUAAAAUUCUGUCUAUUAUUUCCUUAAUUAUGACCAUAUUCAACAACCUUAUUAGCUCAGACUAUUUUCUCAAUACCGUUCAAUCUUGUUAGUCACUAUCGAUCUUAUGAAAUGCUUUUUCUCCGUUGUAUCACUAAAACAUAAUUAGUUGCUAUAAAGUGCUCUAAUUACCUAUAAAAUCUAUCAUAUAUGAUGAAGGCUUGAAGCUGUGACAAUAGUUUAAAAUUAAUUUUAUCUAUCUAAAUUUUCUUAUAAGCAAUUGACUUUCUAGUUCAGUGUUUAUUAAGAAGUAUUUAUUUAUUUAUUUAUUUGAACACAUGAAUAUUGGUACAAGAGAGCGCCAAUAUAUAUGCGCCACACAAAACAGUGAGAAUUCG